GUGGUGGAAUGCCCGCCGGCCGCCACCGCCGCCGCCGCCACCGCCGCCGCCACGGCCGUGGUCGCCGCCGCCCUGCGCGCUGCCAACGUGUCCGCCCCCGCCGCCCGCGCGCUGCUCACCGCCCUUCGCCCCGCCUCCUCCGCCACCUCCACCACCCCCGCUGCCACCGAGGCGGUGUGGUUCGACGUGGAGGCCAGCAUCCGGAACGCCACCUUCGACAACAUCACGUUCUUCGUGAACGACACCGACUUCUCGUACUUCGAUGACGUGAACGCCACCGUCGUCGCCGCCAACUCCACCACAUGGACGGACGAUACGAGCGCAGUGUUCAACUCGACCGCUAGCUCGGAGGAAACGUUCUACAGCAUCCCAUCCUCCACUGCCAGCGCUCAGUACUGGGACAAAGCGUUGAUAGAUUCCUUGACUUCUUUGUUAACAACUACUCUCCACUCAACUCCCGAGCACAAUGAGAACCACGAAAGCAGAUUUACUAGUACAGAACCCUCAACAACGGAAGAAUUCAUGGUGACGGAAAUUACGAAGAUUCUCUCGUCAAGGUCGCAAAGUGAAAAUGUGUGUUAUAAAAUAGUGUGUCAGAGUCCAAGUACGUACACCGAAACAACGACAUUCGGGCAAACCACGAGCCAUGAUGUUCACGUCACAGCAGGGAGGUCUAUAUAGUGUCCUAACCACUGGGUGUCAGCUGCUGCGUUCUGUGUGCGCAGGCUCCGACAACGCGACGGAGGAGGCGGAGGCCAUCCAGAAGAAGCUGAGCCAGCUUUGCUGGGAGACCAUGUUCGGCCAGGAACUGGUCAAACUCACCGUCAUGGAUCUGGUUAUCGUGACCAUCAUUUCGACGCUCAUCAUGGACUUCUUUCGCGCCAUCUUCGUGCGCGUGAUGAACCACUGCUGGUGCUGGGACCUGGAGAAGCAGUUCCCGCAGUACGGCGACUUCAAGAUCGCCGAGAACAUCCUGCACCUGGUGAACAACCAGGGCAUGGUCUGGAUGGGCAUGUUCUUUUCGCCCGGGCUGCCGCUGCUCAACCUCGUGAAGCUGGCGGUGCUUAUGUACCUGCGCUCGUGGGCCGUGCUCACCUGCAACGUGCCCCACGAGGUCGUCUUCAGGGCUUCAAGGUCCAACAACUUCUACCUGGCGCUGCUCCUCACCAUGCUGUUCCUCUGCGUGCUGCCCGUGGGCUACGCCAUCGUGUGGGUAGACCCCUCCUGGCACUGCGGUCCCUUCUCCAAGUACAAGUAAGCACCGACAACCACAUGAAAGAAACCAAAAAUACCACCACCGAGCAAAUCCAUCACCCGUUCAACGUCUCAUGGAGAGAGACGAGGCGUUGAAGCAAACCUAAAUCACAAAGAGCUUAUCGUAUGUAGAUCAUGAAGUACACACAUCUCCCAAAAUCCUCAAAAUUGUAUUGUAGUCGAGUGGCAUUAGGCUUUUUUAUUGCCUUGUUGAUUAUAUUUCAAUAUAUUAAAAACUUUUUAACACUCAGUAGUGCGAUUCAAAAUUAAAAACUCA